GCCACCAAAGCUGUCACAAACAAGGGGGUGUGGGCCGUCACGUGGCCCUGUCUGAGUAACCACAUUCUCGCUUCCUUCUUUCGCACAGGCCGUUGAGGGUUGGCGGGGUCCAGGACCACGGCUGGGGUGCCACGGCAGUGCUCUGGCAGCGUGGGCUCUGUCCCAGUGGCGAAGGCAGAGAAGCCGCUUCUCCUGGGCCCACGAGGCACGUGUCCCAUGCUCUGCUGAGCACGGAACCUACGCGUGGGGCUUUUUGUUCUUGCCCCCACCCUCUCUGCUUCCAGGAAGUGGCUGAGGGCUCUGCCUUCCAGGAACCGAGAACUGCCCAAGCGGGGGUGCUGGGUACAAGUCUUCGUAAUUUUGAAAUACAGAUCCUGAAGUCCACACCCACCACCACCAGGAAAGCAAGGCCAAGGCUACGCCCAAGAAGGAACUCCACCCCUGUGCAAAGAUACUCUGCUUCCUAAAGGUGCCAUGCCUCUGCAAGUCCUGCUUCUGAUUUUGCUGGGCCCUGGCAGCAGCCUCCAGCUGGGGGAGAUAGAGGGGAAUGGAACCAAGGUGGCCCCAGACGCCCUGCUUGCCCAGCGCCUGAGACAAGUGGAUGAGGACCAAGACGCGGACUCGUAUGACUACCCUACGGAAGGCACAGAGCCCCCGGAAAUGCUUACCGAUAACCCCGGCUCUUCGGCCCUGACCCCUCAACUUCUGGCUGAGUUGGCAACAACAGGGCAUGGAACUCCUGAGCCAGCCACUCUGCAGGUGGCCCCAGGGGACUCUGCUGGCCUGGAUGCGGGAGGGGUGGCCAUACGGAAUCUGAGCACGGAAGUGGCCACAUGGGGGAUUCCUGUCACACGGGACCCGCUCACCAAAGAACCGGCCACGACAUUACCUCCCAUCACAGAGGCUCCAUCCACAGAGGGGGCUCCAUCCACAGAGCUGGCCACCACUGAGGCCCUGUCCACAGAGCCAGCAGCCACAGAGGCACCGACCACACAACCUGCGGCCACAGAGGUCCCAUCCAUGGAGUCUACUGUCAUGGAGACUCUGUCCACGGGGCCAGAAGCCACGGAUGCCCUGUCCACGGAGCCCACUGCCACACAGGCCCCAUCCAUGGAGUCUACUGUCAUGGAGACCCUGUCCACGGGGCCAGAAGCCACGGAUGCCCUGUCCACGGAGCCCACUGCCACAGAGGCCCCAUCCAUGGAGUCUACUGUCAUGGAGACCCUGUCCACAGGGCCAGAAGCCACAGACGCCCUGUCCACGGAGCCCGCUGCCACAGAGGCGUCUACAGAUCCAGCCAGCACAAAGGCCCCAUCCACAGGACCUGACACCAUCUGGCACCUAACCACAGUCCCUCUUGUGACCUCUGACCCUCACAACAGCACCACUGCGGCAGUAAGCAAUUUGUCUGAUGCCCUCACCAACCAAUGGAAAAAUAGGCAGCGUUUCUCCCCACAGAGCUCUGUGGCCCCCAACCCCACAGCGGCCCCGGACCGCAUCCCCGUGAAGCAGUGUCUGCUGGCCAUCCUCAUCCUGGCCCUGGUAGCCACAACUUUUCUUGUGUGCACAGUGGUGCUGGCUGUCCGCCUCUCCCGCAAGAAUCAUAUGUACCCAGUGCGCAAUUAUUCCCCCACCGAGAUGGUCUGCAUCUCGUCCCUGCUGCCUGAGGGGGGCGACGUGCCCACUGGCACGGCCAAUGGGGGCCUGCCCAAUGCCAAGAGCCAGGGCCUAAAGGCGGAGCCUGGCGAGGGCCGAGAUGGGGAUGACCUCACCUUGCAGAGCUUCCUCCCAUAAGCCUCCGGCUUGUCCACCUGAGCAGGACCCAGGCUCCUCGCUCCCUCCAAGGCCCACCGGGCCACAACCGAGCACCCAGGCUCUGUUCCACAGGUCUGGGCUUCCUUGGGGCCCCCGGGGAUGGGGAUCUUUAGGACAGGGCCCCUGGUUGCCCCACAGGCCCAAAAGCGACCGAACUCCUGCAGCCAAAGCAGGACUGAUGAGGGAGUCGCCUUGUCUUCCCUCCCGCCUCCAGGGAAGACCGGGGUCAUCCCUCCACCUCCCUGCCUCCCACCGUUGAGGUCUCAUCCCCCUGCGCCCAGGGAAGACCCAGAGUCUUCUGGUUGCUCUGGUCACCGUACAGGAAGGGGACGCCGGGGGGAGGAGUGCCGGGAUCCUGAGGCGAUUCCUGGUCACCCCCCGACUUGGGGGGGGCAGCUUGGGUUUUCUUGGGCAUCUCCCCAGGGAGCCCAGGGUGAGAUCCUGGCCUGCGAAGUCUGGGGCAUAUUUGGCGAGCCCAGGGGUAUACCCUUCUUUGGGGCUGUGUGGACCAAUGAGUACCCCCAUCCUACCCUCUCUUGUCUGCCCCUGUGCCUGCGUUUUAGGGAGGGCUCUGUCUUGUUCACUGAAGUAUCCCACCCCCCAGCCUAGGGCCUGGUACAGCACAGGCCUUAGUAAAUACUUGAUGAAUAAAUGUUGGCUGAACGUUUCAGGGUAUCAGGGUGCCUCCUUCUGGUGGGGAGUUGGUCCUUUGCUGUUCGCCCCCAGCCCCCUCCAGGAAGCCCCCUGUAUGGGCCUAAAGUUGACUUCAGUGUUGUCUCUUGGACACUGGGAGUAUCUUGGUACAUCCUUGGGCAGCUGGGGAAGGUUUUAGGCUGUUGGGGGGUUAGUCCCCGAAUCCACUUUUUUCAACUCCCCCCUUGACCCAGUUCUGGCCUCCCCCCAACCUCCCCACACCAAAUCUCAGACAAAUAUGCCCUUUCAAUGUCAAGGCCAUCCUCCUGGGAACCCACCCUGACCUCUGUCUUCUACAAGGGGGCCUGUCUCCCAUUUAAUACCCACUCACAGGGCUGAGCACAGCUGCAGCCUACAAGGUUUGGGGCUGGGAAACAUUUUCUUAAAUGGCAAGACCAAAAAUAUUUUACGUUUCACAGACCACAUGGUCUCAGCUGCACCUUCUCAACCCCAUCCUGAGUCCUCAGAGAUCAAAUGCGUGAUGGACAGUAUGUCCCAAAUGAAUGGGGUCGGCUGGGUUCUAAUAAAACUUUAUUUACAAACAGGC